AUGCUUCAACCUGAGGAUGCUGCCGUGGAUGUCUCCACGGAAGACAAGACAUUAGCUAUCAGUAGUCUUGCAGACAAAAACGUUUCAGAAAACCUUGACGGUACUCACGUCUCAGCGGAAGAGACAGAAUCUGCGUCGCAAUCUCCUUUGGACAAGAAAAUGUGGUCCACCAUCAGUGCGUUCAUGGUCUCCAUUCUGCUGGCAAACCUGGAUCAGACGAUUGUUGCAACCGCUUUGCCUAGGAUUGCGUCUCAGUUUGACAAACUUUCUCAGUCCGCAUGGGUCGCGACCUCCUAUUUGCUCACCUUUGCCGGUCUAAUGCUAUUCCAAGGCCAGCUGUUAACAUUGGCGCCAGCAAAACACGUCUACCUAUGCUCUCUCAUAGUCUUCGGCAUUGGCAGCCUCAUAUGUGCUGUUGCUCGAUCUUUUCCUGUUCUCAUCUUUGGCAGAGCGUUUGCAGGAACUGGGGGUGCAGGGGUGGUCAAUGCAGUCCUUAUUAUCAUCGCUCAAAAUUCAAGAAUUGAAGAUCGGACCAUGCUGUUCAGCUUGCUCGGCAUGAUGCAUGCCUUAGCAUCUAUCGUAGGUCCACUGAUAGGCGGCGCAUUCACCGACCAUGUUACGUGGCGCUGGUGCUUCUUCAUCAACCUACCCUUUGUAGGUGUUAUCAUGGUCGCGGUGUUCUUCUUCCUCAAGACGCGCCGAGCUCUAGGAAGAGAGAGGGACGAACCAGCUCGCCGCUUCGAGCUGUUGUACAUGCUAGACUGGGUCGGCGCUGUGCUCAGUCUCGCUGCCGUCGUGGCCCUGCUGCUUCCUCUUCAAUGGGGUGGAGCGACUUAUGCAUGGGAUAGCGCAGUGAUCAUAGCUCUCUUUGUUGUGUCUGGUGUGCUUAUGAUAUUGUUUGUGACUUGGGAGUAUUACAAGGGCUCAUCAGCCCUCCUUCCACUGCGUCUUUUCUUGAGCCGUACGCAGGUCGGGACCACCUUGGAAUCUGCAUUCAUUGGGUUGGGUCUCUUGAAUGGAACAUACUAUCUACCUCUGUGGUACCAAGCCCAGGGUCACAGUGCAACCAAGUCAGGAGUGGAUAUCCUGCCAUUUAUGCUGUCUGUUAUCAUAGCAUCAAUCGCAUCCGGAGCAAUUAUCAAGAUGACCGGCCGUUAUUGGCAUGUCCUCGUACUUUCUCCUCUACUGUGCAGCAUAGGUGCAGGACUGCUCUCAAGCCUCACUAUCAGUACACCGAACUCGCAUGCCAUUGGGUUCCAGAUCCUUUAUGGUGUUGGUGUUGGUGGUGCUAUGCAGAACGUCUUCAUUGCAUGUCAGGCAGAGUGGGAAGGCCAAGACGGCCUACUCGCACAGGCGACUACCGUUCUGACUUUCACACAGGUACUGGGCGGCGUCGCUGGAGUUUCAAUUAGCGGCACGAUCUUCACCAAUCUGCUCCGCACGAACCUGCGGGUGUACGCACCGCAGCUUCCUGCAGCGCUCGUCGUGGCUGUCGAGCAGAGCGUUACGGCGAUUGCGGAGGUCGCCCCGGACAUGCGCGCAGCGGUCCUACACGCGUACACGUUCAGCAUCAGCCGCGUGUUCCUCAUCGGCGUGCCCGCAGGUGCGUUGGCCAGUCUCUCGGGAAUGUUGGUCCGGAACAUACGCCUGCAGGAUGGGAAGACGUCUGAGGGGGUGUCUUGA